UCUUUGUGGUUUGGCUUCACAGUUUGACCUCAAUACGCUGCAGUCAUGUCACAGGUGAGACAUUUGCCUUUCGUCACAAUUGUAAUUUCUUGCUGAAUAUUGUGUGUUGUAUAAACUGCAGAUAGGAGCAUUUGAGAGUCCGCAGGUGAAGAUGCCGUCACUCCCUCAUUUUAGUGAUACUGGAUCAACCAGCAUACUAGCAAAUGGCUACCACAGUCUGGGCCAGUGUCUCCGCUCCAACAUAUUCCCAGGUUAUCCAGUCGUUUGGAAAUCUGUCUACAGUGACUCAUAUGUUGCUCACCCACUCACUACAUGGCCCUCAAAUCUCUGGUUUGGACACAAGACGGAUGAUUUGGUCCAGUGGACGGAAAUGAACAUCAUGAACCACAAGCUUAAGAAGAAUGACAGGGGUGACUUACAGUAAUGAAGGAAUUUAAUGAGACACCAGCCUGGACCCUUUGGUGGGUAUGGGUUCACUCCUUCUCUUUGGUCCUUAUGCCUUCACCUGUGAUGCUACCCAUGGGUCAAUUUUUUCAUAGAAACAGAAAUUUGCAAGAAACAUGAGGACCCUGAAGACGAGAAGACAACCCCAUGCCUGGAACUUCUGCAGGACCUUCAAGGAGCUACCACACUGGGUUGGAGAAUAUUAACUGUGCAUUAUGUAACUUUUCAUGCAACUUUUCAGGUAGAGGGUUUGCCUGGAAUGGUCCACAGUCACAGUAUACCAUAAAAUGUAUCUAUCGUAAGGUAAAUUACAGGUUUUAUUUUUGUUCA